AUGACUAUUUACACAGAUUUCAAUGCCAUUGUUAUUAUUAUUCUAGAUCAUUAUUCAAAUAAAGCCAAUAUUUUCUUGGAAAUGGCUUCUAAUGAGCAAGCAGAUGAAACUCAAAGAAUGCUAGGUCAAUUUCAAAUGAAAAUGAUUGACAUUCAAACAUCACUGAGAAAAUCAACAACUCAAGUAGAAGGACUUAAACGUGAUAUUCAUCGGUCAAAGUUAACAGAUAAAGAAAUAAAUACAAUUGAUGAAAAUACACCAAUGUUUAUUUCAGUCGGACGAAUGUUUGUUUUAAAUAAGAAAUCUGAUGUUUGUGAACAAAUCGAAAAUAAAAUAAAACUAUGCGAAAAUGAUAUAAAAAAGCAAGAAGGAACAAAAUCGUAUUUAGAAAAACAAUUACGUGAAUGUGAAUUGCAAUUUAAAGAAAAGUUUUCUGUAUGA